GUGCGGUCUCGAGGAGGCGCCGGACGGACCACUUGACAGUUUGACAGUGCCAGUCGACCCUCGACCACCGAACCCUCCGGUCGGUUCUCGAUCGCCGUGCUUUUCCACGUGCCUUUGUCGGUUGGUAGACGUACUCGUGUAUACUCGUGAAUACUCGUGUGUACUCGUGUAUAUACCUACAUGCGUACACGUAUACACGCGCGUUCGUAGUAAUCGGGCGAAGAGAGCGCAGGCGUGUGCGCCAGGCGAGAUCAGCUGACUUUGACAGGUCCGCGAGUUCGCGGAUCCAGGGGAAAGCGGCUGGCCCACGGCCAAUCGGUGGCUCGGAUUUUCCGCCGGAACCGAGACUAGUUCCUUUUUUCUUUUUCUCCCCGAUGACGCAACGCGUGCCCAGCGCAGGCCUCUACGAGAACCUGGCCGAGGACCACAACUACACCAUGUUCUCGAUGUAUCCCGCCGCCAACAGCCCCCUCACGGACAAUUGGGCGCUCACCAAGGAGGAGAAGGCCAUGCUGGUGUCCCUGGACGGCCUGCACAGCGGAGUGCCGACCAGGACGACCCCCACGCUGACCCCCACGACCCUGAGGAGCAUCGAACAGACGUUACUGGAGCUGACGAGCGAGUCGGCCUCCCACAGCAGGGAAGCCGGCUUCGUCCCACCCCUGGUGGAGCCCUCGCAGCCGACCCCGGCUCAGACCCAGAACACGGUGCACCACGUGUUGCUGGACGGACAGCAACAGUCCCAGCCGCAGCAGCAACAGCAGCAGCAGACCAGGCGCAACAUGGGCGGCCGCAGACCCACCAGGACCAUUGGGAUGACCCCCGAGGAGGAGGAGAGACGCCAGAUUCGCAGAGAGAGGAACAAGAUGGCUGCAGCAAGGUGCCGCAAGCGGAGGAUGGACCACACCAAUGCCCUGCUAGAAGAGACCGAGGGCUUGGAACAGAAGAAGCAGAGCUUGCAGGACGAGAUCCAUCAGCUGCAGCAGGCGAAGGACGAGCUGGAGUUCAUCCUGGAGGCCCACCGGGCGGUGUGCCGACUGCGUUCGACCUCUCCACCGGACGUUAAGCCCGUGAUAAAGCCCGACCGACCCGGGGGUGGCCAGUUCGUCGAGCCGGCGAAAAGAGACCCAAUAGCGGCCAGACCGAACCGACCGAACUCGCUGCCGGUCGGCUUCGAGAACAACAAUCGGCCGAACUCGCUGCCGAUAUUCACCGAGCCCAAGGAGCGGCCCGACUCGUUGCAGCUGAAGAACGUCGAUCCCUCGACGGGGUUCAUCAAGACCGCGACCGAGGUGGCGGGCGUGCCGAUCACGACGCCGUCUAGCGGGAUCCUCUUCAACUUCGACUCGCUCAUGGAGGGCGGCACCGGGUUGACGCCGGUCUCCACGCCGCUGGUGCCGUCCUGCUCGACCCAACAGAGGAGCAACCUCUCGGCCGUCGACCUGAGCUCGCCCGACGCCAACCCGCCGAAGCUGGUCAGCUUGUGACGCCAGGAAGAGGCCGAUUACGGGUCGAACGAGGACGACCCUGAAUAAGAUAUGCUCACGGAGACGCCGUAGCUCGGCGGAGUGCGCUGACGCUUCGGGACCUCCUCUCCGGAGGAUCCUCGAGGUCCUGCCGGGGGUCGCUUUGCGCGACCCCGUUGCCAUAAAUGUAUUUUUUCUCCCCUGGGAUGCCGGAGAGGGGUCCGAUACCCGGGACGAGGGCGUCGCCUCGGGUCUCGUUAGCUAAUAGGACGUCCAGCAAUCCCCCGAAGAGCUUGUGGACGCUUUGAGAAACCGCGAACGAUACAAUAAUUAGGGGCGAACAGCCAAAGCCGAUUGGGUGCGCGACUUUGAGCGGUCGCGGUCGUGGGAAAUUACAUGUUUUCAAGAUAUUCGGUGCACGGUGGCUCGGGGCCGCGUGUCACGCGAGUCGUUGCGCGAUCUCAGUAUUUAUCCGUUAUUCUCUUUGGUCUCGUCCUCUUUCCGGCCUGUUGGAGGUUCCGCGGACUAGCGAGCUUCUUUUCAAACCCUCUUUCGAGCCGAAGUCGGAUUCCCAAGUAAGUGGGUAAUGUGCAGGGAGGGACCUCGGUUGAAGUUGUAUUUUUAACUCGCGGAUCCCCCGGAGAGAGAACCCUGAGGAAACCACGUGGCGCGACUUAUGAUUACUUAGAAUCGGCUGCGUGGUCAUGGAGAUAUUCGUUAGCGAUUUCGCGACAAAGUAGGCGUGUGACGGAUAGGAUUGACUUUUUUUUUCCAUCUUUUUUUUUUUCUUCUAGGAUCUAAGGAGAGGAAGACGUGGAUUUUUAUAUAAUUAAUAACGAACGAAAGUAUAGCAUCUAAGAAGACCAUUUAAGCUCAAGCGAUAAGUAGACUGUAAGGAAACCCGUCGAUACUUUAGGAUGCUCCUUGCGGGCGACUUUUUCAUGGAGCGGAUCAGUCUUUGGAAACGAACGAGACGGGGAGAGAUCGAAACCCCCGACAGGGAUGCGGCCGAGGGACUACUCACUCGGAAAUCAAGUGAAAACGAUUUUCUUCUUUCAGAACCGAUUGCCUUUGAUUUCAUAUGAUAAACGACAAUGUGAUUCGGUAACGAGGGACUUUCGGGCCAUAAAAAUGUGAUGUUUCGAUGGAUCUCCAACGAUUUCCAGCGAUUGCCGCUUGCGAUUUCGAGAUAAUUGCCAUGUGAUUUCUGUGAUGAAAAUCCAUGAUUUUCUGAGUUAAUAGCCUCUCGGACGCGACCUCUUGGGACUCUCGAGUGGCCGGAUUCUUGACUUUAGUGCACCACUUUCUGGCAACGUUUCCCAGCGGCGAGGAAAAAAUUUUAAGAGCAAACGAAACGUCUUCGAAGAUCGACGACGAAGAAGCUCGUUCCGCUCCUAACUCGAUUUUUUUUCUAAGCGGCCGGAGCGUGGCAAACCUCAAACAAUAUUGAAAUAAUGUUUAAUCUCUCCAUACAUAUAAUAUAUAUUUUAUAGCGUACGACAUUUUUGCAUGAUCAUAAGCAAUAUUAAUAUAUUUAUGUGAAACGACAGCCCGUGGGUACCGGUGAUACCGGUACACGAUACGUUUCUCUCAGUAGUUCGCUAGCGGUUUUCUCUUUGCUUCGGCAGAACUUGUAACCAGCGUUGGCUGUGCGGGCGAUUGUCGCGAGAUAUCUCAUGAUUGUGUAAACGUAUAAUGUACACCACUGACGAUGCAAUAUAUUUUGUUUAGUUCUCGAGCGGCCGAGUAAGGCCGCGAAUUAUACGAUUAAACAUUAUCGCAUUA